AGAAACUGUUCCAAAUGUCUUUUUUUGUUCAACUGUUGUAUCACACGUAUGUUAUUCUUAUUGAGGGGCAUUUUCUCUCUUUCAUUAAUAUGCAAUGGAGGUUUUUUAGCAUUGUGGACUAAAAAAGCGAAAGCCCAUUUUGCUAAAUAUAUUUAUAUAUAAUAUUUCCCACAUACCAGGUCAAAUGGAGAAUAAAUACUGUCACAAUAGCAUUACUAGUUUAACAUUAGAUGUUUCUUGUUUGUUAUUCUUAUUAUAUUUAGGUCAAUUAAGUGACAUUUUUCAUUAACGUAGCUUUAAUAUGUGAGCCUACAAUAAUACUUUACACAUUUUAGAAGGAAUCAAUGCGACGUUUAAGGUUAUUGUAGUUCCCAAAGUUCCCCACAUGUGGGCAGGCAAGUACUUGAACCACACUAAGACCCCAAGCAAAAUGUAAUGGACUAUGCGUGAACACACACUCAAUAUUUUUGUUGUGUUCUCGAACCCGAAUCCUCACACGUGCAAUCACAUUGCAACAGGGCACGUGAUGUAUAUUAUUAUUUGUAGGAACACAUGAUAGACGCGUGUCACAUAUAUACAGUGCAACUAUGCAGUCGUAUUUCAGCUCAAACAUCAAAAUCGUAGCCUAUACACUUUUCAUAAACUGUUCUAUGUUGAAUUCGUCAUUGUGCACAAAAUAGCCCAAACAAUCACAAAUUGCACGGGCAAUUAAUUGAAUUGAGAGAGUAUUUAGACGCGCACGCACGCACUUACAGCGAAUGAUUCUGCCACCUGGAGGUGAACAUGAUGCGUUAUAAAUACCCCGCCUCGUAGCCUUGAGCACUUUGCACGUUUUGAACUAGACUUUUUUUUUUUUGGUGGCACUGUGGCUCGCUUACUCUGUAACUGGGUAAAAGGGCACUGGAUUUAAACUUUGAUCGUCUGUAUUGGAAAGUUGCGCGUGCAGCUCAGAGGGCAACGAGACACAGAAACCACCUGUUGAGAUGACGACAUCGUAAUCGCCUCUCAUACAAUUGGGUUUUUUUCUCUUUUGUGUGUUUUGUGAGUGCGUGUAUCGUGUUGUGUGUGAGAGUAAUACACGUUAAUGAUGCCUUUGCCAGUAAUGUACUCGGCGUCUUGAUGCUCUCAUUGGUGCGUCCCUCCAACGUGUCACCCGUUUUGGUGGAUUAUCCCAGAUAUCUGCACCGCCGAAGGGGUGAAACACCAUUCCUGUCGCUCGACUCCUGCCUUCACGGUGUCCAGCUGCCCACAAACAGGGACCUCGGAAGAACAUUGGAGAAACUUGUGACUUCCAAAGAACACUCUGGAAAGACGAUUUGAAGAUUUUUAGUUGUGUUUUUACGCACGUCCAGCACAGAGAUGCGUGUAUUUAUUUCAGAGUCGAGGAGGACGCACUCUUUUUUCUUCCCGGCGUUUCUGUUUCUGGCACCCUUGCUGUUGAGGGGUCUCCGGGUCAGUGGUUCCCCGGGCUGCGCGUCCUGUGGCUUGCCGGCGAUGGAGAAAGCCGCCGAAGAAAGACUGAUGAUAGAACUCGUCAAGCAGCAACUUUUGGAAAGGUUGCACCUUAAAGAAAGACCGAACAUCACUCAGACAAUCCCCCGAGCUGCGCUCCUCACUGCGCUGCGCCAACUGCACUCGGGGCGCGUCGGGAACGAUGGCACACUUGAACUAGAAAACACUAUGCCCGCCAAAGACCAAGGCUAUGAAAUAGUGAGCUUUGCAGAUCUAAAUGAGACAGGGAGUGGUGACGCAGCGAGCCUUAGUCUUACCUUCCAGUUUCUGCAGGAACACGGCCAAAGUAUCCAAGUACUCAAGUCUUCUCUGUGGAUCUACGUCCGCUCCUCUGAAGACCGCCAUCGAGACUCCCGUCUCGCUGCCCGCGUUUUUCUGUCUGCAGAAAGUGGGAUGUCCAUCUCCAACCGUACCCUGGUAACGGAGAAGAUGCUGGAUGUCCGGGAGAGUAACUGGCACGCUUUCCCCAUCACCCACAACUUGCAGGCCUUUCUGGACGGAGGCCAGCAACGACUUCGUCUGGAAGUCAGCUGCGACGAGGGCGGGAAGAACCUUUGCUCCCCUCACGGCUCCGCCGACACCGCCAAGCAGCCGUUCCUGACGGCCCAAGUGCGUCUCCGCGACGAUCACUCCAAACACUCGCUCAGGAAGCGCUCGUUGCGUUGCGGCGACGUCGUCAGCGUGUGCUGCAAGAAAGAGUUCUUCAUCAAGUUCAAGGAUAUCCAGUGGCACGACUGGAUCAUUGCACCUGAAGGCUACCACAUGAACUACUGCAUGGGUCAGUGCCCCCAGCAUCUGGCCGGCUCCCCGGGCAUGGCGUCCUCAUUCCACACCACCGUCUUCAGCCAGCUGAAAGUCAACGGCAUCGUCACGGACGCAUCUUCGUGUUGCGUUCCCACAGAGCGCCGGCCACUCUCCAUGGUGUACUUGUCCACCCCUCGCAGCAUUGUCCAAAAGGACGUCGCUGAUAUGAUAGUGGAGUCCUGCGGAUGUACAUAAAGAGUAGAAGGAAAGAAACAUAAAAUAGACAGAGGGGAUGACAGUGUUAGUAAUUGUGUACUUCUAGUUGGGGACAACCGACUCUAUGCAUGUUGUUACUUGUUCUUAAAAAAAAAAAAAACAGGUUUGUUUUGUCCCAGAUUAGGCACACGAGUGUGUUGAAAUAGAGGCAUCAUUAAGCAGUUUACAUGCACAAAAACAUUGACUUUAAGGUCACAGGCAUAGUUUCAAAAUGGACAUUAUAUUAGGGAAACAGCAAGCCCAAAGACUAAUGCUUUUUUUAAAAUAUAUUUUAUGUCAACGUGUUUUUUCUAUUUAACUUCAAAGUCUAAAAGGCAGUGUGUAAACUAGUUGGUGAGAUAAUGUUGAGCGAGUUCCACGAACCAACUAAGUGAAUUUAAAUGAGAGUAAACUAAAUCUGAAUGCAGCCACAUUUUAAUACAAUUCAUUAAAGAGAGGUUUAAAACUAAGAAACCGUAUGGCUGUAUAAAAAACUGACAAUGAAAGAGUCCUGCUUUUUUCUUUGACAGAAUUUUUUUUUUUCCAUGAUUGCAGCCAAGAAACAGUUAUUUCAAACCCUUAGUUACAGUAUUUCGUCUUACAAUGGGCACACGUUUCGUGACAAAUUAUUCCAUUUUGAAGCAAGGCUUUGAAAGAGAUCCUUGAUUUAAAUUGCGCUACUUAGACAUUGAGCAUAAAGUCAUUGUGGUAUGAAUAAUCCAUUGAGUCUUUGUAUUACCGUCUAUGACACAAUGUUCAUAUGAACUUGUUUCAUUUUCUAUCUUCACAUUACAGCCAACAAACACUUGCAACGUUGUGGUGAAGCAGUUUUCAUGAUUGAACUGAAGAGGUACAAUCUGCCCUGGGUUCUGUCUGGGCACAGCCGAUGCUGAUUAGUUUGGAAUAUGUUUGAUCAGCAUCCUCACUGUAUUAUUUACACAAGUCGGCCAAGUCGGUUGGGUAACUGACAGCAUAUGAAGCCAAGGUCGUUUCUUAGCAGCCUAAGCAAACAUUUAGCUAUUGCCUCAGUGUCAGGUUUUGUGAAGGUCUUGGAGGCAUGUGGGUCAACGAGCACGUUGCACGUUGCGUUUAUCCCUCUCAAAGUCUAAACCUUUCUGGAAUGAUGCAAAAUUUGAGGCUUCCUGAAAGUGAUGUGGAAAUAAGGGAUUUCAAAAAACAUCUUCUUGGAAAUGAUCUUUUAAAAAAUGGAUAACGCUGCUAUGUCGGCAUCUCAAAAGCAAAUUCAACCAUCUCCGCACAUGCUGAUGGAAGGGAGUAAUAUUUUGGAAUAAUUUAUUGUUUACCAACGAUAAACGUUACACUGCUAGUAGCAAAUAUGUCUGUAGAACAGAUUGGAGAGCCAGGCCUCAUUAUCAUCUAAGUUUACACCAAACUGUGUAAAAGCCAAAGAUAUUCUCUUUUUUUCUGAUUGAGGUUUCAGGAUUUGUCCCACUGAUUUGCAGAACUGUAUUGUACUGCUCUAUUAUUCAAAGGAGAUUCCCAGGCAAUAAGACAACACGGCAUUUCCAUCCAAAUAGCCCACAAACAGGUUUUAACCUCUGUCUGCUGCCUCAACAAGCUGCACUCAUUUUAUUUUCUCUAACCUUUGUAAAACAAGUCUAUUUUGUAUUAUUUUAUUUUGCAAGUUCCCCGCGUCCCAGGACGUAAUGUGACAUUGAGGCACCACCAUAACAUAACUUAUUAAGCACUUUAUCGCCCUACUGUAUUUUUAGAGCAAAUUCUGCUUGGAGGGUCUACUACCUUUAACCCAGGUGGGCAGCAUCUACAUGUAGAUGUUGUAGGCCAACAGGAAGCAAAUGUCAAUCAUGUUAUUGUCUUAUACUCUAGUUUGUUGAACUAGAAUGAAUAUGAAUUGGGUUGUAUGUGUUUGCAGAGCACACAUUUCUGUAUACUGUAACUGGUGUAAAUAGAGCCAGGAUGUGAUUACUUUUGUCAAUUUAAAGUUGAAAAUAUUAAUAUUUUUUUACAUCAUGCUAUAUUUACUGCAUAAUUAAGGACUUGAAAUCGAAACUGCGUGCAAAAUAUCACAAUGUGCUGAAAUAACGUGAUUAUAGUAAAAAUAUAUUUUUAAUAAAUGCAUAUUUUAAAUAUACCUUGUUAUAUCCAUCUAUAUUUUGUAUUGUAUCUCUUCUCUUUAAACACAAUGAGAACAUUGGCUUUAAAAAAUUGAUGAAAAAAUGUACACACCUUGAAAUUUGUUGUUUGUGGCUAUCAGAUAUAUUGGCUGGAGAUGAUCAUCUCAACGCUUUUAACGUUGUAUUGUUUUUUACAUUUGACUACAAAGUGAAUAAAGGAUAAAACACG